AUGAAGCAGCGUUUUUCUUCGAUCGACGUCAAGGUCAUCGCCCACGAGCUCCAAGAGAACCUCACCUCGUUGCGACUCGCCAAUGUCUACGACCUCUCCUCAAAGAUCCUGUUACUCAAGUUCGCGAAGCCCGACAAUAAGAAGCAACUGAUAAUAGACUCGGGCUUUCGAUGCCAUCUCACAGACUUUACCCGCACGACGGCCGCGGCACCCUCAGCCUUCGUCACGCGGUUGCGCAAGUUUCUGAAGACGAGACGCUUGACUAAGGUCUCACAAGUCGGAACGGACAGAAUCCUUGAGUUUCAAUUCAGUGACGGGCAAUACCGCCUGUUUCUCGAAUUCUUUGCUAGCGGAAACGUCAUCUUGACCGACGCCGACCUCAAGAUCAUUACACUUCUGCGAAACGUUAACGAAGGCGAAGGCCAAGAGCCCCAACGGGUAGGACUCACGUACUCGCUCGAGAACCGACAAAACUUUGGCGGCGUUCCGCCCCUGACGAAAGAGAGGGUACGAGAUGCGCUGAAGACAUCAGCCGAGAAGAACGCUACGGCUGCUGCGGCGGGCAAGAAGAGUAAGGCGAAGCCAGGAGACGAGCUGAGAAGAAGCUUGGCGACCACAAUCACGGAGCUUCCGCCAAUCUUGGUCGAUCAUUCCUUCAAGACGACGGGGUUUGAUGGCACCAAGAAGCCGGCUGAGAUUCUCGAGGACGAAGCUCUGUUGGACGCUCUUUUGGCAGCAUUGACCGACGCACGAGGCAUAGUCGAAGAUGCGACCAGCUCCGCCACUGCCAAGGGUUAUAUCUUUGCGAAGUUCAGGAACAAGCCGGAGGGUGCGACACAGGAUGCCGAAGAAACGAAGCGAUCGGACUUGCUCUACGAGGAUUUCCACCCUUUCCUGCCUAAUAAGUUCUCGAACGACCCAACAAUCAAAGUCCUUGAAUUCGACGGCUUCAACAAGACUGUGGACGAGUUCUUCUCUUCCCUGGAGGGCCAAAAGCUCGAGUCGCGACUUACGGAACGAGAGGAGACGGCCAAGAGGAAGCUUGAGGCAGCCAGAAACGACCAAGCGAAGCGCAUUGAAGGGCUGCAGGAAGUGCAGUCCCUUAAUGUGCAGAAAGCAACGGCUAUCGAGGCCAAUGUUGAGCGUGUCCAGGAAGCGAUGGACGCGGUCAGCGGUCUCCUACAGCAAGGCAUGGAUUGGGUCGACAUCAGCAAGCUUAUCGAACGAGAGCAGAAGCGCAACAACCCCGUCGCCGAGAUCAUCAAGCUGCCCCUCAACCUCGCAGAGAACACCAUCACUUUGUUGCUCGGUGAGGAGGAAGAUAUCGGGGACGAAGACUCCAACUACGAGACCGAUUCGGAUGCAUCAGAUAGCGAGGAUGACAACGCAAACGACAAGCAGAAGACUGCAAAGCAUCUGGAGGUCGAGGUCAACAUUGGGCUGUCGCCAUUUGCCAACGCGAGAGAGUACUAUGAGCAGAAGCGAACCGCUGCCAAGAAGGAGGAGAAGACUGUUCUACAGUCCGAGCUCGCCCUUAAAAACGCGGAGCAGAAGAUUCAAGCUGAGCUCAAGAAGGGACUGAAACAGGAGAAGGCGGUUCUGGCACCCAUCCGCAAGCAGAUUUGGUUUGAGAAGUUCAUCUGGUUCAUUUCAACAGACGGAUACCUCGUGCUUGGUGGCAAGGACGCUCAGCAGAACGAGAUGCUAUACAAGCGUUACCUCCGCAAGGGUGACGUUUACGUUCACGCAGACAUUCAUGGUGCCGCCACCGUCAUCAUCAAGAAUACUCCCAGCGACCCUGAUGCGCCGAUUCCACCUUCGACAUUGGCGCAGGCUGGCACGCUGGCCGUCUGCAGCUCGAGCGCAUGGGAUUCCAAAGCUGGUAUGGGCGCUUGGUGGGUAAAGGCUGACCAGGUUUCCAAGUCCGCCCCGACCGGAGAGUAUCUACCAACGGGAAGCUUCAUGGUUCGCGGCCAGAAGAACUUCCUCCCUCCCGCACAACUGCUCCUCGGUAUUGGUAUCAUGUGGAAGAUCAGUGAAGAAAGCAAGGCUAGGCACGUGAAGCAUAGGCUGUAUGACGGCUUUGCUACUCAAGCCUCAGCAUCAGACAGCGCAGCCGGGGCGGAUGCUCAAGACAAGGUCGAUGAUGAGGCUUCUGACAUCGGUUCCGACGACGAGCACGAAGACGAGAAGCCUAGGGACAACCCUCUCCAGAGAUUUGGACAGCAAGGGCAAGAUGACUCGGAAGAGAAACUUGCUCAAGAAGACUCGCCCGCCGAUGACCUAGAGCCGCCAGCCGAUGAAGUGGAGAAGCUCAUGCUUGAGGAGGACAGGGCCGCUGAAGCUGCUUCCAACCAACCGAGCAAGUCCUCUGAGGAGGAAGGAGAGGAAGAGGGAGAGGAAGAGGGAGAGGAAGAGGGAGAGGAAGAGGAGCAAGGAACCGACGAAGGCGCUACGGGGACUACAACCCCAGCAGAGUCUGCUACGGUUCCCGGUUCUGCUGCUAGUACAGCCGCAACCGACAAGCAGCGUCCUGCCAAGCGAGGUCAGAAAAGCAAAGCAAAGAAGAUCGCCGCAAAAUACAAGGACCAAGACGAGGAGGACAGAGCGGCUGCGGAGUCUUUGUACGGUGCCGCUCGAGGCAAGCAGAGAGCCGAGGCUGAGGCGCAGAGCAAGGCGCAACGAGAGGCCGAGCUAGCAGCGCUGAAGGAACGCCGAAGAGCGCAGCACCAGCGUCAGCAGAAGGAAAUUGCGGAGCAUGAAGAGGUUCGCCGUCUGAUGAACGAGGAGGGCAUUGAAGUGCUCGACUCGGAGGAGAUGGGCAAGAUGACUCUGCUCGACAAUCUGGUCGGCACUCCUCUGCCGGGCGACGAGAUCUUGGAGGCUAUUCCUGUCUGCGCGCCUUGGAAUGCCAUGGGCAAGUUCAAGUACAAGGCGAAGCUCCAGCCUGGAGCUGUAAAGAAGGGAAAGGCUGUCAAAGAGGUGUUUGAGACCUGGAAGGCGGUCUCGGGUAAGAAGGGAGUGCUCGACGAGCGUGCUCAGGAUAAGGAAAGGAUGUGGCCCAGAGAAGUUGAGCUGAUCAAGGCGCUCAAGGCCGAGGAGGCUUUCAACUGUGUCCCCGUGGGCAAGGUCAGGGUCAUGAUGGCUGGUGGUAGCAGUGGCUCUGGAGGCGCCAAGGGGCAGCAGGGUAAGGGUGGUCGCGGAGGAAGGGGAUCCAAGAAGAAGUGA